GUUUUAGGGACGCCAUGUUGGCCAGUCUACCAUAGAGAUACCAAAAGGGAAAAAGCACUCGCUAGAACCGCAGAGGGGCCGCCCAGCGCUUUCUCAGUUUCACCAUAGAGAUGCUGAUAGUUCGAACGCCGUACAUGGCGGCUCGCCAUUUCACCACAGAGCUACACCGAGAUAGAGCGGGACCUCCCUGGGCGGCAGACGGCUAAGGAAUGUAUUUCCGCUCAUACCGGAAGCGCCCUGUGUGCCUCUCUAAGCGUUCCCCCUCCUCUCCCUCUCGGGCCACUUCCUGUUCCGCCAUUUUGCUUCCCUCCUUCCCACUUCGGGCUUUGUGGGGGGGCGGGGCCUUAAACCGUUUGAAAACAAAAAACAAUAAACCAACAACAAGCAGUAUAACAAUAAUAAUGAUGAUAAUGCUGUAAUAAUAAGUUCCUUGACCCCCAAAAAGAUGCUGACCGGAAGUUAAAAAAGGGGAAAAAACCCAAACGUGGCUCCCCCCCGCCUUUGAGGGAUUUUUGAGAAUUUUCGUUCCCAUGUCUCAAGAUGUCCCUUGUCGACCUGGGGAAGAGGUUGUUAGAAGCCGCCCGCAAAGGUCAAGAUGAUGAAGUUAGGACACUGAUGGCCAAUGGCGCCCCUUUCACCACCGAUUGGCUGGGGACAUCCCCACUUCACCUGGCGGCUCAGUAUGGCCAUUAUUCCACGGCAGAGGUUCUCCUCCGGGCAGGCGUGAGUCGGGACGCACGGACCAAAGUCGACCGAACUCCGUUACACAUGGCAGCUGCUGACGGCCACUCACACAUCGUUGAGCUCCUGAUCCAGAAUGGGGCCGACGUGAAUGCCAAGGACAUGCUGAAGAUGACAGCCUUGCACUGGGCCACGGAGCACAACCACCGGGAGGUCGUGGAGCUGCUCAUCAAGUGUGGGGCCGACGUCCAUGCCUUCAGCAAGUUCGACAAAUCUCCUUUCGACAUCGCUCUGGAGAAGAACAACCCAGAGACCUUGCUGAUCCUGCAGGAGGCGAUGCAGAAUCAGGCCAACACCAGCCCAGAGAGGGCCAGCCCGCUCCCGCGCCCUGUCAGCGUGGGCCAGCCGUUCCUUCUGACCUCAGGGGAGGUGCUGAGCUUAGCCAGCCUCAUCUCAUCGCCAAACACCAAAACCACCUCAGCAAGAGAGGCUCGCCGUUCUGCAACACAGUUUUCAGAUUCAACCACCUCAGUCCUUGCCACUCUGGCAGCUAUUGCCGAAGCCUCCGGACCCCUGUCCAGCUCCAAGAGAGCCCCUGCUCUCUCAGGGGGAGUGGUUGAAAGCCAGCCCGCUGAUUCCUCCCCGCAGCAGGUAGUCGGCGGCGGGAGCCAGCGGGUUAUUACAAUCGUGACGGACCGUGUCCCCUUGGGGAACCUCCCGGCGGCCUCCCUGUGUGGCAGCCUCAGUCGGCCAUUCCUGGUGAUGAUGCAGAACGGACAGCAAGUUCUAACUCUACCUGCUGGUCAGGCGACAGAAGAAAUGAUAAUCGAGGAACAAAAUGGAAACCGUCAAGUACCAGACGAAGAAAUACCCGCACCAGCCAAGAAAAUCAAAGUUGAGGAGGUGCUGGAGAACAACAAGGAAAGCCAGGACAAUGCCCAGCAAGAGGUCCUGCCGCAGCAGCUGCGAGAGGCCCACCGGAAGGCCCAGGAGGACCAGAGCCGGCUGGUGCGAAGGGAACCGGAGGCCGAGGACGGCCACCAAAAACCGGACGCCCUGGCCAUACCGCUGGAUGAUGGGACAGAACCCGCUGCGGCUAUGGUGGAGGAAGAAGUGGGCCAGGGAAGCGCGGCCAAUGUGUCCUCGGAAGGAACGGUCAGCUUGACCACGGAAGAGGAGGUCCCAAUUGACAUCAUGGUGGAAACUGUCACCUCCUAACCCUCAGGUCACCUACUUUGAAAAAAAAACUCAGAAUGAGGAGAAUCCUUAAAACAGCAGGCAUUCUCGGGCUUCCUGUUCCUGCCACACUAAAAAAAAAAAACGCUCUAGGCAAUAGUUUGUGGGGCAGUUUGGGGUAAAACCCAGCCCUCUUUUCCUCUUCUUCUGUUUUCUGCACCCCUUUGGCUUUCUCUUUCCUUUCAGGCAGGGCUUCAAAACAUAAAGGAACCUAAAGGGCCAUUUUUAAAAUCGUCCCCCCAUUUCAGGGAUCUCUUUUUGUAAACAUAGCUUGAAAUGCUUUUGUCAUCCCCUCCAAGUAACCUGGGGGUGGAGGGCAAGGCCAGUCCUCUUGGAGGAAGCCACUGUAGCCAGGAGCACUGCCAGGAUCAGUGGGGUAACCUCUGUGGGCCCUGGACGGGUGCCGUGGCCCUUGUUAUGGGGUGGCUCCUUAAAGGGCCAUCGCUCUCAGGAGAAAAGAGGAGCAGGUUUGUUUCUGCCUACUGAGGAUCACACUCGUGGGGUCUCUCAACAGCACGUGAGGAACAAGGACCUUCGUGAGGACUAGCGGGCGGUGUGUGCAUGCCAGGUGCUGUGCCAACCAAAUUGGGCCUGAAGGCAGCAGAACCAGACAGACCCUGAAACGUGAAUGCUUCUUGCUAGAUCUGCCUUGUGCCUUUGCAGAGCUGGGAAAAGUUACUUUUUUAAACUAUGAAACUCCGCCCAUCCCAUACAGUGGGCAGAUUCUGGAAUCCUCCCCCCCCCCAAAAAAAAAAACUUACCCAAGUUCUGCA